AUGAUUCGGGCCUUAGACUGGACGGAAUGUUUUACAGUCACGAGAAAUGCCUCAGUACUGACUACACAAGUCCUGACCUCGCGGAAGCACGGCGUCGCCACAGUCUGGUCUGCUGAUAGUUCAAGGCUUGUGGCCACACUCGGGUCAAAAUCCGUAUCCAAGAAGGUCAAUCGAAAGGCCAUUCUAGAGGUCAACGUGAGCAAAGCAUGCGAGACGAUCCUUGCACCAGAGGCCCCGAUGGCACUGCGGCUGCAGAGCCACCUGAUGUACGGAGUGUCUCGGGUCUAUUCCCAGCAAUGCGGCUACGUGCUUGCGGAUGCACAAAAUGCUCAGAACAAUAUGCGAACCAUGUUUCGCGUGUUCAAGACAGCUCAGUUGGAUCCUGAUGCUGGAAAGGCCAGACCAGAUCAGUUGACCCUGCAAGACGAUCCGGCAUUUCUGCCUGAUCUCCUCUUGCCAGAAUUCGAUCUUGAUCUCUCCAGAUUGGACAUUACAUCCUCUCUAGCAUCGCAGUCUUUGAGCUCUGCAUCGCCUCAUUCGCGCCUUUCCAGCCAAUCGAGCAUUGCGGACAAUGGACUCCCAGCUUUAGUUAUUCCGACUUCUGACACAGCCGACGUGGCUGGUGGCAUCGGAGGUUUUAUUCAUGCAGAUAUUAUUGCCGAUAACAUAGAAGGCAGGGCUGGAAGGGGCAUGGACCAGCUGUCUCGUCUAGACGAGGACACCGGAUUUCUACCCGAUGUCGAUUUUGAAUUUGACGCCGAAGGUAAUGUAGUAGAGCUUGGCGGUGGCGGAAGAGCAUCUGCACCACAAACACCUCAGCGUCAAAGGACACUAGCUCCAGUCUCGACUGGUGCGAGCAGCCGCGUGAGACGUGAACAUUUAGAGGGCCAGCUACAGGCUGCUCAGGUACUCGGUGGUCCAAUGGAGCUUGAUUACGGUAUUCAGACUGGCGAUGAACUUUUUCUCCCUGAAGAUGUCGAGCCAUUUCCACCUCUGCUCACCGCUGACGAGGCCGCUGACGAGGCCGCCGCAGAAGGCGAGCUAAAUCAAUUACAAGUCGCCGAACCAGAGGAAGCAGCUGCACCCAACGCGCGCAGACCGUCUAUGCGCAGAGGAAGGCAGAGAAAGGCAUUCAGGAUGGAUGAAGCCAUUGAAAUUCGCAACGCAGAGCUUGCAUGCUGGAACGAUGAAUACAUUCCAAACAUGGCUGCCGCAAAUACACACAAGCAGAACCGGAGAGAUCAUGUUCAAGCAAGACUGAACGCAUCGUUCUGGGUGUUUGGCUGCGGACUUGGCGGUAUCGGGCAUAUUCUCGAUUUAUCAAACACCCGGGGAUCACGAGAUCUUUUCGCCGGCGAUUAUCUUCGAGAAGCUUUGUUAGGAGAGCGCUCUGCUUCAACAAGUCGGAAACGUCCUUGGGAGCGGGACGACGAGACACAAUCAGAAGACGAGCACCGGCGGUCCCGUCUUCGUCAGGAUAUUGAUGACCAAGUAGGGCGUGCAGGGGAGCCUCUUCUCGAUGAAGACGGUAUGCUUGCUCUUGGCGAUCAAGAGGGAAUUGAGCUUGGUCGUGAGGCAUUCCCUGUCGAAGAAGGGCACUCCUCAAUGAUGCCUUGGAACAUCGGCUCUUCCCUUCCCGGUUCGCGCCAGGGUUCGACUCGUGGUCAAGGCGGUUCGAGCAUGAUUGGUGGCUUCAGAACCAGUGGGCCAAGCUCCAUUGGCGGAUUCGAGAUGGGGUUUGCUGGAUCACGAGGAUCAUUCUCAAGAGGCCUGACUAGGAGAGGGAGCAGACUCCCCAGCGCUAGCCCUCUGCUCGGUCGUGGCCGUCAUGGUGGACUUGAACGAUUAUCCAGUCUUGAGCUUCCAGAGAUCGAUCCAGAAGUGGAAGGCGACCUCACUCUCGGCGGUCCAGAACCUAUGGACUUGGAUCUCAACGAGGCCCAAAGAGGAUUUGAGCUGGAGAUGCCAGUUGCGACACAGUCGCAAUGGCUUGCAGAGACGCUUGACAAUGAGAGUUUUAAUUUUCUCGAUUUUGUCAAAGAGAAACUGCGCAACACGAGAGAGGCGACUCAUGAUGAAGAGGAAGACGAGCUAUCUGAGGACUUUCGACCGCCCGGGGUCAACCAUGUUGCGUUUGACGAAUUACUUCCACCUGCCGAACAUACCAAGGUCGUUGCAGCACAAGCUUUGCUGCACACGCUCUCGCUGGCAACCAGGAAUCUUAUUUCCUUAAGGCAGGACACGGGAUACGGCGAGAUUAGAAUCUCCAUUAUUGGGAAUAAUUAGACUCGUCCAUUUCGCCAUCAACGACCCAUGCCAGUUUGACUGCUUGGAAGAAGAAGCCCAGUCUUUUAAUUGCUCUCCAUGCCAUUUGAGGCCCGGCAAAGACGAUACAUUGGCAUAUUGCGCCGAGGUCUGAAUCCAGGC